AUGUCUAACGAUAAAAAACAAUCAGGUUUAGCCCGUGUCUUGGGUUCUGCUUCAGCAGGUAUCUUGGAAAUCGCCGUUUUCCAUCCGGUUGACACUGUUUCCAAGAGAUUGAUGUCCAAUCAUUCCAAGAUUGGAUCCGCAGCACAACUCAACUCUGUGAUCUUCCGGGACCAUGCCGGAGAAGCUCUUGGAAAACGUCUUUUCACUUUGUUUCCGGGUCUGGGAUACGCUGCUUCUUAUAAGAUUCUACAGAGAGUGUACAAAUACGGUGGGCAGCCAUUUGCCAACGAAUUUCUGAACAAGAACUUCAAAGCCGAUUUCGAUAAUGCUUUUGGUGAAAAAACCGGCAAAGCCUUACGUUCCGCCACCGCUGGCUCAAUUAUUGGUAUUGGUGAAAUUGUGCUGUUACCGCUAGAUGUCUUGAAAAUCAAAAGACAAACCAACCCUGAGGCUUUCAAAGGCAGAGGAUUUAUCAAGAUCUUGAAAGAUGAAGGUUUUGCUUUGUACAGAGGCUGGGGUUGGACCGCUGCGCGUAAUGCACCCGGAUCGUUUGCGCUUUUCGGAGGUAACGCUUUUGCAAAAGAAUACAUUUUGGGGCUAAAAGAUUACUCUACUGCCACUUGGUCUCAAAAUUUCGUUUCUUCGAUUUUUGGCGCCAGUGCCUCUUUGAUCGUAUCAGCUCCACUCGACGUUAUCAAGACUAGAAUCCAAAACAAACACUUUGACAACCCGGAGAGCGGGUUCAAGAUUGUCAAAAACACUUUGAAAAACGAAGGCAUUACAGCUUUCUUCAAAGGUCUAACACCCAAACUUCUCACCACCGGGCCCAAGCUAGUGUUCUCGUUUGCUCUAGCACAAUCUUUGAUUCCGGCUUUUGACAAGCUAGUGAGCAAUUAA